GCAGGGUGCAGCUCCCCUAUAAUGACUGGCCAGCAGAGUUGGGGAUAUGGGCAGGAUGACGGUAGGUUACAGCAUUUCUCUGCUGCGUCUGUCUUCCCCCUCUCCUUUUCUUUCUAGAACAGUUGCCUGAGCCCUGCAGAGCUGCCUGCAUUUUGAUGUCUUCUAGCUUCAAGUUUACACAGCAGGACCUUCAGAAUGGCACAAAACUUAUCCUAUUGCCCAAGGGAACCGCCAGUCACCUAUUGAUAUAGUUUCUGCAAGAGCAAUUUAUGAUCCUAAUCUGAAGCCACUUAUUAUCUCCUAUGAAUCAUGUACAUCUCUCAGUAUCUCCAACAAUGGCCAUUCAGUUAUGGUUGAGUUUGAAGAUACUGAUGACAGAACAGCAAUCAGUGGUGGUCCCUUUGAGAAUCCAUUUCGGCUAAAGCAGUUUCACUUUCACUGGGGCACAAAGCACAGCCAGGGAUCAGAGCAUACAAUUGAUGGCAAACCUUUCCCCUGUGAGCUCCACUUAGUUCACUGGAAUGCCAGAAAAUAUGCAACAUUUGGAGAAGCAGCAGCAGCUCCAGAUGGCUUGGCAGUAGUUGGUGUUUUCUUGGAGAUUGGGAAAGAACACGCCAAUAUGAACAGACUCACUGAUGCAUUCUACAUGGUAAAAUUUAAAGGAACAAAAGCUCAGUUUAGGAGCUUCAACCCCAAAUGUCUCCUGCCUUUGAGUCUAGAUUAUUGGACAUACCUUGGUUCUCUGACAACACCACCACUUAAUGAAAGUGUAACAUGGAUAGUACUGAAAGAACCCAUCAGAAUUUCUGAGAAACAGCUGGAGAAAUUCCGCAUGCUCCUCUUCACCAGUGAGGAAGACCAGAGGGUCCACAUGGUGAAUAACUUUCGUCCCCCUCAGCCUCUCAAGGGGAGAAUAGUUCGAGCCUCCUUCAAGGCCUGAAGAAACAUGAUAAUGGCCCUGAGAUAGCCAAGAGCUUCCACAUCUCAGACUCUAUAAACAAACUCUGGUCUUCACUCGGGGAACACACAAGAGAGCCAUUUCCAUCAACAUUCUUCUAGGAGGGGGGACUAUCUUCAGUUUUUGUAUUUUAUCUGAAUUGCUAUUUUUUUUUAGAAGAUCUUUUUUUUAGAGAUCUUUUUAAGUAGCACUUUUAAAUAUAAAGGGUUGUUUAGGAAACUAGUGUUCUCCAAGACUUGAAACUUUAAACAUUAAGAUGAAAUUAAAAUCCCACUUCCUAUAAAAUGGUUAACUAUGUAGUGACCUACUAGUACCAAUGGCUACCACUUGCAAUUGUCUCAUUUACUACAUAAUGAAACAUUAGUCUAGCAUUUUUGGCAAACUUGACUUAAAUUUCCUUCCUGGUCUCUUGCUAAUAUUUGCUGAGCUCUGCUGGAUUUCAAAACUGCUUUCACUGUGUUAUUGCUUUCUGACACAUACAAUGCAUAUGAAGAGUACUAGAAAAAAGGUCUUUACUUGCAUCAAGUGGGUACUAGUGUGAAAAAUAUAUAUAUUUAUCAAAAUUACUGUUCUAAAAUGCUAUUUUAUAAGCAACUUAAACAAUACUGUAAAUAUUGUUUAAAAGCAGACCGUUUUAUUGAGGUUGGGCAUUCUUUCUCUUAGCCCAUGCAGCAUACAUAACCAUAAUGCUCUUUUCAAAUAUGUUAGAAAGAAUAUCUCUAGCAAUUCAAUUAUGUGUUCUGUGGUUCUCAGUUGUUCAAAUUCUACCUCAUUUAAGUGAUUUGCUCUGUGAUACAUCCCCUUCAUUGUCUACCCUAAAGAAAGUAGGUAUUUUGUAGGGAUAUGGGUAGACCUUGACUGCACUAAAUGUGCAUUGCUGCACAAAUCAUUCCCUCACUCUGUCAGUCUGUCUGGGAUAUUCCCUGCAGAGGUUUCAUCAUCCUGAGUCCUUUUACCUCUUCAGUAGAAAGCUGCUGUAGAAAAGCCAUGUGUUACUGUUACUGCUUCUGCAGCUUAGUGACAGAAUUCAGACUUGUGUCUCAAUAUCAAACAGUGAUGUUAUCUGUAACCACCUACAACUUCUUCAGUUGCUUUAAUGCUGGGCUUCAAGUGUUCUACUUUAUGUGUACAGCCCAGGCAAAUAUUGCUGACUUCUAACAAUUAUCAGCUUAUCUGGAGAAAUCAAAGAUGUACAAUACAAAGGAAAGGGGGGAAAAAGGAGAGCACCAGCUACUAUGGACUCUUCCU